AAAGGCGGGAAGCUCUUAAACCCCUAAACCCCCACGUCUUCUUACCACUCGAAUGCUUCCCUCCUUCACUUUCCACGUACCCUUCUCCAAAUCCAUCAUCUCUUCCCUAAUCAUCCACGCCUCCCCAAAACCCCCAUUUCCCAAUCUCUCUCCCAUUCGCUUCGCCUGUCAUUUCUCCCCAAAACCCUCAAUGUCUUCUUCUUCUUCUUCUACUCCGACCCAUGUCGAAGCCGAGUACGCCAAGUCCGGCAACUCUUCCUGCAAGAAGUGCUCGGAGCCCAUCGAGAACAGAGCUCUGAGGCUGGGCACCAAAGACGGGCGUGGCUACACCAAAUGGCACCACUUGGGUUGCUUCAGUUUUGGGUCCGAGUCUGUUGCUUCGGUUGAGUUGAUUCAUGGGUUUCAGGCUCUGGAGAGUAGUGAUCAGGAAGCUUUGAAGGUUGAGUUUGAGAAAUCUAAAGAGGAGGAUUCAGCUGUAAAGAAAAGUAGUCAAAAUCGAAGGGUUCGUGAAGGAGAUGAAGCUGAAGUUGAAAAUCUAGGGGAAAAGGUUUUGAAGAAAUCAAAGGGUUCUUCUUCUGCUCCAACUCACGUUGAAGCUGAGUAUGCUAAGUCCGGUAGGUCCUCGUGCAAGAAGUGCUCAAAACCAAUUGAAAAUAAAGCUCUGAGGCUGGGGUUGGUCACCAAAGACCCGCGUGGUUUUGACUCGACCAAGUGGCACCACUUGGGUUGCUUCUCUUUUGGGUCUGAUUCUGUUGCUUCGGUUGACAAGAUCAAAGGGUUUCAGUCCCUGAAGAGUAGUGAUCAGGAAGCUUUGAAGAAUUUGGCCGUUGAAUUUGAGAAAUGUAAAAAGGAGGAUUCAAAUGGUGAAAAAAAUUCUCAAAAACAAAAGGUUUGUGAGGUAGAUGAAGAUAUAAAUGAAGUAGGGGAAAGGGGUUUGAAGAAGGCAGAGGUAUCCGAUCUGGCAAUAUCCUUUUCAGCUUCUGAUGUGAAGGACAAGUACAAGGAUGCAACACUACCGCCUAAAUGGAAGGCGUUUCAGACCAUCAUUUUUCUCGAAAGGGAUGAUGGUCUGCAUGAUUCAAGUAAAAUUGCAGCUUUUGAUUUUGAUGGCUGUCUUGCAAAUACUGAUGUUAGGAGAGUAGGUGCUGAUGCUUGGUCCUUUAUGUAUCCCUCAAUACCUGAUAAGCUAAGGAGCUUGUACGAGGAUGGCUACAAGCUGGUGAUCUUCACUAAUGAAACCAACAUUGAGCGCUGGAAAAAUAAGAGACAAGCAGCUGUGGACUCAAAAAUUGGACGUCUCAACAAUUUUAUCAAGGAAGUGAAGGUCCCAAUUCAGGUUUUCAUAGCAUGUGGGCCGAGUCAAGGAGAAGAUCCUUUCCGCAAACCGAAGCCGGGGAUGUGGCACAUUUUGAAACAACACUUGAAUUCUGGCAUUUCCAUCGAUAUGGAUCAAUCUUUUUAUGUUGGUGAUGCUGCUGGUAGAAGAAAUGAUCACAGUGAUGCUGAUCUCAAGUUUGCAGAGGCCAAUGGUUUAAAGUUUUAUGUCCCGGAGGACUACUUUGGAGUUUGAGAAACUCUAUGGUCAUCAACUUCUGGAAGAAACUUCAGUGAACCUAGACAACCAUUCAACAAACUUCUUUUGUAGUAGGUGAUUCAUGUACUGGCCAUCCAGUCGUUGUGCAUUGUAUAUCAGUGGUAGAACUUUUCAGAACUUAUGCUCUUGACUUGUUAAGCUAUGCACUCUGUUACCCUUUUCGGACCUUAAGCAUUCCCAAUUUCUGGCAUAUGCACAGUUUUUGUCGUCAGACUAUCGGAUCACCUGUCACAGUUUUAAAGCUCUUCUCAGUAGAUCAGUUAUAUUUGCAGUGUGCAAAUUCCUAUGUUUUUGAAUACACAUCUCCGAGGGUAAUGAGUAGAAUGGGGCUGUU